CGCAGCGAUGAAGUUCGACAGACAUCCGACAGAGCUACUCAUUGUUCUUGUAGUCUUCCUUCGUUCGCACGCCCAUCCAAAUAGCAACAACGAGCCAGUCGAGGCACCUCGUUCACCAUGGCCACGCCCCGACGCUGCCGUCAUGGAAACGGUGCAGACCUACAUCUCGUGGGGAUCUUCAGCCGGCCAGGCGACGCCCGACUGUAAACGAUUUCUGGCGACUUUCGGUGCAAACCGAAGCUGGGAGAGCCCCUUCACUAGCAACGAGUUCAUGGAGUAUGACAUUGAGGGAGCAUGCAAUCGCUUGGCAAUGAACCUGUCGUGGCGCGUUGCAAGUCUCGACGCGGGUCAAUAUCUCUACCCUCUCUACAGUCAACAUCUAGGUAUGGAAUCUUAUUGGAAGGUUGGAUUCGUAUGGAAUGCGGUAGGCGGGGCCAAAAAUUUAAGUCACGUGUUCAAUCGCAAGGAAUACAAUUUCACAAUUAUCACAGUUCUCUGGCUUCAAGUCUAUCCUAACAACAAGAGCUACAUUUUUAACGCUGUGGAUGUGUUUUGGCCCGACGCCGAGGCGACAUUUCCUACCACAUUGACGAACAUGGUGGAUAAUUACGUCUCGUUUCUUGGCGGGAACUGCAAGACGUGGGCGGAGUUAUUUUGGAGGGACGUUGGCAUGGUAACAGUAAGCGGCGAAGACACUGGGUACUACGGACCAACCGGACUGACUGAAUAUUGCAGUAAAAUGGUGUACAUGUGGAGUUCUUACGUUCACGACGUCGACGACAUGAGCUACUCGGUGGACAUCUACUCGAGCACAGUCGAAAAAGUGGCGUUCACGUGGACGAGAACGGGAGUCUAUCUGGGCCGUGUGAGAACCGAUGAGAUUCUCACGGUGUUUUACAUUCGGUCUGCCCCAACUCCGAAGGCUGAUCUAAAGAUUUUCAUUGCUUGGGACUUUUUACAGCCACCAAUGGAAGAAGCAAGUUUGAUGACAUAAUUAUUUAAUUAAUAAUAUAUGUUUGCAUGAUAUACAU